GCGGCCUCCAUCAGUGUUUACGGAAGCUAACGUCUCACUCUCAGGUCUGAACUCUGAAGUCACCAUCAUCAGUCAGAGUACAUUACAGAUGAUUAAAAUGGACUAUCCCUACGAGGCUAGUGAUGAAGCAAGUGAAUCCGAACUGCUGGAUAAGAGUCUAUCCAUGUGGAAAGGAUGGAGUACACUGGAGGGUGAUCCAAGCUUCAGACCUACCCCUCUGGACCUCCAUACAGCUUCAUCCAUUGGGCUUUACGACUGUGUGAAUGCUUACAUUGCGGGUGGAGAAGUGGACAUGAACCAGAGGAAUCGUGGCUCAUGGACGCCCCUCAUGUACGCCAGCUACAUCGGUCAUGACAAUAUUGUCAACUUGUUGCUGGACGCUGGAGCUAAAGUGGAGUUGCGCAAUAACAAGGGUGCCACUGCCCUCAUGCUGACAUGCAGUUGUGGAAACGAAAGUGUGGCAUAUUUCCUGGUUCAGCAAGGUGCUGAGUUAGAGAACAGAGACAGCAAAGGAUGGACAGCCCUGUUCUAUGCAACGUAUGCAGGUCAUCAGAAAGUGGUCCAGUUCUUGCUGGAUAAUGGAGCCAAUAUCAACACAAGAGAGCCGAGACUUGGAUUAACCCCAUUCAUGAUGGCUGCUGCCGAAGGACAUGAAAUCAUCGUCAAUUCACUACUGGAACGUGGAGUCGAUUUCAACCUGACAAACCAGAACGGGGAAACGGCCCGCUCGCUGGCCCUGAUGAAUGGACAUAUGAAGAUCAUUGGUCUUAUUGACAGCUGUGGUAUGUCCCCUAGCAGUCUCCGUAGUGAAGCAGGACUUCAUCUGUCCAUCGACUUAUCCUCUUCUGAUGAGAGCUACCAGCGACCCAACCGACCUCACACAAGGUCAGGAAGGUCAAAGGUUAAAGGGCCAAGCAUCCGAGAUGGUCCAGAGACGUUGGCCAAGCUGUUGAGUGAGCGCAAGGGAGCGAGACAGGGAACCGUUGAACCCAAUACUGCAAGUCCAUGGCUCGGCUCCUUCCCGCCCGUCGAGCCAGCCAACGAGGAUGACGACCCAGCGUUCUGCCAGACCGGUUAUCUCACCAUCAAGAGCAGCAACUCAAGCAACAGCAGCAGCGGCGGCGGGGGCUUUGCUGCAGCGCUCGCUCUCAGUCGCGGUGGUAGCCACUCCAGCAUCGAUGAUCCGUCAUCCGAAGCGUCCAGCUUCAGUCUUCCGCAGACUCCGAACUCAAAUUCCUCAGAGAACGCUGUCUUUGCCGGCGCCCUCAACGACCAGCUUUCGCAGAUGAUAUCGGCAGACCUGAGUCGGAGAGGGUAUGGCGUGGACUCCCAGUUUCUACCACAGUCCGGUGGGCUGGCUGCGCAAAAUCACGGAAUACCGACGUUAAGUGGUUCCCUCAACCUAUCCUUGUCAAAUUCUGGUCAGGCGCAUCCAGCUGCAGCCAUUGACCAGUAUUCAAACAACGUUGGGUACCAUUCCAGUGUACCGCCAUUAUCUGGUGACCUAACCCAGGAUGCACCCCAUGACACACCCGGUGAUACAAAGCAACACUCGUACCCUCACAUUGACCUGGAGCAUCUGCUCGAGAGCCUUGGGCUCAGAACUAAGUAUUUUCACAUUUUUGAGGAGCAGGAUGUGGAUUUGAGAGUAUUCCUGACGCUGACAGACAGUGAUUUGAAGGAGGUGGGGAUAAAAUUGAUGGGACCACGACGGAAAAUGACAAACGCUAUCGCCAGAUGGCACAGUCAGGCAAGACCGUUUUCUGAUAAUCUAGAGCAAGUCUACGCUGAUAGAGUGGAGACAGCAAUGCAAGAAAUGGCCAUUCAGUUGCAGGAGGCAAUUGUUAAGAAGGGAGAGGCAGAGGCCCAGGUCAUGCAGGAGAAGGAGCUAAGGAGUGUGGUUGAAGGAUGCCUCGUGGAGGACCGGAAGACGUACCAACAACUCCUUAGUCUGGUGUCUGAUGCCAGGAAACUCUGCCAUAAUAUGAGGCAGCUGUAUGAUAGCGUCAGGUCCUGCCAAAGUGAGUUAAUCCGAAGGCUCCAGUCCAGUCCACUCUUCAUGCCCAAAGACGUCAGAUUCGACAAUCUCUCCCAGCAGUUCUCCUCCCAACUCCAAUUGGACCUUUCCCAGGGUAGACCCGUCGACAACGCUUCCCUGCCUCCCCAACCCGACGAGAACCCUCUAGUCAGUGCCAUCACCUCCAGCCUGAUUACCGGUGACACGCUGAAGGGCACCAGCCAACAAACCAACCAAUCAGCAGGCUUCACGAGCAGUGGUGGGAUCUCAUUGGGCGGUUCAGGGUCUCAUCUGCAUUUACAGGGUGGAGAGGGCGAGGAAUUCGUUAAGAUGACAAUGAAAGACCUACUGGGCAUGCUCAGUCAGUGCUCGCAUCAGCUCGGGCGGGCUGUUGCCAUGGCAACAAACAAUAUGGACCAAUUGAUCGACGGCCAGACGGUUACUUUCUCACCUAACUCGAGUGGGAAUUCAUUGCCUUAAUCAUUACCAACUCUCAUCUUUCAUCUAGAAACUGCAAGGUUUCAAACGGCCGUCUCACUACUCUUUUACUUCACAUUCAUAAUGCCCUUCAAAUAGCCUAAUAAGUUUUGGAAAAUCUGUUUAAAAAAAUCUAGCGUAAAUUAGUAUUUUUGUCACGUCAUCAGGUUCCAUUUUGUGAAGGGUCGGAAUGACAUUGACACUCAACGUUCUUCUUACGCGCAUAUGCUUAUAAUUAUUGUACAUUGAGAAAAUUAGCGCUAGCAUAAGCUUGCAUGACUCCCGUAUGUUUAAACAUUUCUAACCAUGUUUAUAUCGCAUGUUUAAACACGGCCACGUGAUCUCCUCUCGACAAAUCAGAAUGGGUACACCAUCCCAUGUACUUAUAAAUACAUUAUUGUUAUUGUGAGGCUGAAAGUUCUUUGGGGUCAAAAGAAAAUUUGUAAAGUAAAAUGAAUUGUGUAAUUUUUGUGCAUAGGUAACAUUUGUAUUUUUUAUACAUGCAGCUUCAAUUUUUGUACCAAAAUGUAUUCAUAUUUUUUUUUACAGCUAGACAAAUUGGCUUAUAUAUUUAUAGUGUUGUCGUAUUUGAAAAUUACUGAAAUACUGCUACAAACAGUUGUACACCCACCCUCUACUAUGGCACGUUUGUCAAUGCACAAAGUUAUUCAUAAAAAAAGCAGUACAGAAUGUUUAAAGGCAGUGGACACUAUUGGUAAUUACUCAAAAUAAUUGUU